GAAGAGGAGGGGGAGGAGCGGCGGCAGCAGGGGGGGCUCGGCUAGGACUGUGGGAAAAAAGAGCAUGCCAUCGGAAAAGGCAGGAAAGAGGAAUCGCUCCCCCCCGUGUGUCCAUGUCUCCGCUUCGUGCUGGGCUACAUUCCGACACACACCGCUACCGCUGCUCCACAUCUGGAUAUAACACAUUCGGAUUACUGCUCGGGAUCUCCGCUCAGCGUUCCAUGCCGCUGCUUUUAGAUGGGAGGCAAAGUUGGACCUCUGUGGACUGCACAAAUGGUGACAAACAGUUUAUUAAGAGCUUCCUAGCACCCAAGAUGAAUCCUCUUAACUUUAGUAAAGGUGUUUUUAUAUGUAAAUUAUUUUAAACUACUCCUCUUUGAUAAGUAGGCUACAGUAGGUAUUUUGCAAUUUUGUAUAAGUUGAUGAGGGAAUUUGUAUCGUGAAAGAUGAGCGGAGAGGAAGGGUAGAAGGAUGACUCCGUCCUUACCUUUUUAAAGUCAGUCUAACCUUGCUCUGCUUUUGAACCGAAGAUGUGACUGCAGAACUUUUUCUGUUCUUUCUGUGUCAGUGAUUUGUAUUCUUUAGCUCGGGGAGCUCUUCCGUGUGGCUGCAGGUGAACUUGCACUUGCACAACUAAACACUCAACUCUCCGCUUCCGAGGGCUCCUCUUUAAAGGUCCUGUAUUUUCUAGUUUUUCAAUAAGAGCGAAGGCCAAACUAAAGAAGAAAAGGGGGUAUUGUGAAAAAAAGCCACCCCCCUCCCAAAGGUGAGAGGGGGGGAAGAUGGCAGCUCUCGCCAGCUCUCUCAUCAGACAGAAACGGGCAGUCAAGGACGACCACGCCAACCGACCGGUAGCCAGCAAACGCAAGCCCUGUCCCAAGAGCAACAAGUCCCUGUGCCAGAAGCAGAUCCUGGUCCUCAUCUCCAAAGUGCGCCUGUGCGGGGGUCGGAAAGGGCGCAACGAAAAAAGGCCAGAGCCUCAGCUGAAAGGCAUCGUGACACGUCUGUUCAGCCAGCAUGGAUACUAUCUGCAGAUGCAGCCUGAUGGGACUGUGGACAGCACACGGGACGAGGGCAGUUCUUUCACACAGUUCAACUUAAUCCCAGUGGGACUGAGAAUAGUGGCUAUCCAGGGUGCGAAGACAGGGAUGUACCUGGCCAUGAACAGCGAAGGCUACCUCUACACCUCUGAGCACUUUACCCCAGAGUGCAAGUUCAAGGAGAGUGUGUUUGAGAACUACUACGUGACAUACUCCUCCAUGCUGUACCGGCAGACCCAGUCAGGGCGGUCCUGGUAUAUCGGUAUCAAUCGGGAUGGCCAGAUCAUGAAGGGGAACAGGGUCAAGAAGAACAAGGGAGCAGCUCACUUCCUGCCUAAAGUUAUAGAAGUUGCCAUGUAUAAAGAGCCGUCCCUACAUGAGCUGGCCAGUGAGCCAGUAAGUCCUCCGAGGAAAACGGUCAAGACGUCCGAUUCUCCGUCCCUCAAGAAUGGGCGGAAAGAGGCUCCCAAAACAGACGCCUCAUAGCAUAGGAGACUGUGGGUGGGACAAGAGCAGCAGUGAUGCCGAGAACACAGCCACCCAUUAUGCUUUGCUGGUGGCUAAGGGAAUACUUCACAUGGGCCACUAAAUCCCAGGGGUUCACUACAAAAGCCAGAGGGGUCCAGAGGAGCCAAUCAGGAGGCAAGAAGAGAAGUACACCAACCCCCCUCACCUGAGAGAAACCCAGGCUGGCCCAGGAAACCUCCACUCCUGUGCCCCGUUAUGAUAUGCAGUUUCCUUUAAGUUCUCGGUCCCACCUGACAAUCACAGCGUCAUGGUUCUUACAGAUUCUCAUCCACCUUCUGACAAGCUAAGCUCAUCACCAAGGUCAACUACAAGCAAUGUGGACACCAGUAAAGAAAAUGUGAACACCAGAGGAGAAAAAGGUUCAAAAUAGGUUACUGAGGUUACUACUCCUGAAAUGUCUCAAAGCAGGGCUGGGCCCUAAGGUCAGAAUGCACAGCACAAAAUAGUUAAAGGUGCAUUAUGUAACUUUUCUGAUGUUUUCACCACCUGCUUGUCUCCACGGAGAUCUUAUUGAUUUUUCUGGAAUGGUCAACAGUGUAUCAUGCACUUACCAUGAGGAACUUGGCCUGGUGGUGUCACCUACUUGUCUUUAUGGAGGAAGUGAUGGAUUUAAUAAUAUACCGUGCAUUCUAGGCAAAGCAAUAACAUCUCCAUGGAGACGAAUAGGUAUGCCACCUGAUCAGAAAAGUUGCAUGAUGCACCUUUAAUGUAUAAAAAUAUACUUUUUCCCCCCUACAUAACUGCAAUUUGGCUGGCUUCAAAGAACAAUCAAAUAUUGUUAG